AUGCAUGGUCGAGUACAGGCUCCCCAUGUGGACGAGUCCACCCCGCUGCUCAACCCCAGCGCAGUAGACCCCGAACCGCUGUCGAGCUCGUCGUCAAUCGUGGACGAAGAUGCCGCCCUUCUCAAUCUCUCUCGUGUCAGCUCGAUUCCCCAGGGCCUGGAAGUCGACUCGGGCGUAGGGCGGACUCCUUGCGCGACUGAAGACCAGACAAAAACCCUCGCCGACCUGGAAGGAAAAUCUGACCCUUACGCCUCUCGCUUUAUCAAUGUCUCUCCCUUCCGAUUUUGGGUGAUUUUCAGCGGCGUCUUGCUGGGAUAUAUGAUCGGCUUCUUUGACUCGACAUUGAUGGCCUCCACCCACCCCGUCAUCACAUCCCACUUCCACGCCUCCAACUCAGCCUCAUGGCUAUCCACCGCUUUCCUCUUGACCUCCACCGCCUUUCUCCCCCUAUUUGGCCGGAUUUCCGACACCUUCGGUCGGAGGCCGGUGUAUUUGUUCUCGAUCGCCGUGUUUUUCGCGACCACCGCAUGGUGCGCAACCGCGCAGAGCAUCGGAAGCUUCAUCGCCGCCAGAGCCUGUUGUGGGCUGGGCGCCGGGGGCGUCUUUUCCAUGGGCAUGAUUCUGACCAGCGACCUCGUUCGCAUCGAGUAUCGAGGCAUCUACCAGUCGUAUCUUAACCUGGUCCUGGGGACCGGGGGUUGCAUGGGCCUCGCGUUUGGUGGCAUCCUGUGCGACACGGUGGGAUGGAGAGGUGCGUUCUUCGUACAACUACCAUUUAUCUUCCUGUACUUCCUCGUCGCCGCCUGGACCACCCCCACCGACCUGGGAUUAACGAAAGCGCGCGCCGAGCGGAUGACCAUUCUUCAGUUAGUGAAAAGCAUCGACCUGAUCGGGUCUUUCCUCCUCGUCCUCGGCGUGACCGCCCUGAUCAUGGGUCUGAACCUGGGCGGAAACGUGUAUCGCUGGACGCACCCUGUCGUCAUCUCCUCCCUGGUACUGUCUCUCAUCGUCGCCGUGAUCUUUGUCCGGUACGAGCGCAAUGUAGAGCGGGCCGUCAUGCCGAUCUCCCUGCUGUCCAAGGAUCCUCGAGCCAGCCUGAUCUUUGGGAAUUUCUUCGGCGCGAUCUCGGUCAAUGCCAUUAUUUUUAAUGCUCCCUUGUAUUUCCAGGCCGUCAAAUUGGCUAGUCCGACUGACUCUGGUUUCAGACUGAUUGGGGCGACCCUCGCCUCGACCAUCUCCAGCGUGUCGACAGGGUUUCUAAUCACCUGGUCCCGGCGGUUAAAACCGACCGUGAUAAUCGGGGAUAUUUUCCUCCUCAUUGGAGGCUUGACCGCUGCCUCAAUGAAUGUGAGCACCCCUGAUCUCCUUGCCAUGGCCUGCGUGUCUCUCUCAAGUCUCGGCCAGGGAUUUUCGAAUCCGUCCUUGAUGGUAGCCGUCCUGGCCACCAGUGAACAGGAUGAACAAGCCGUCGCGACGACUACCCUGGGACUAUGGAGGAACCUGGGGUCGGUGAUGGGCGUGGCUACGAGCAGCUGGGCGUUUCAGAACACCCUGCGGUACAACCUGGAGGAGAUGGUGACCGGUCCUAACAAGGAGACGGUGAUUCUCCUGGUGCGAAAGUCGGUCCAGGCCAUCGCAAAUUUGGAUCCUAUGCACCAGCAGCAAGGUGAUUCUCCAAUGACACGUCCCUCGAUACUUACUGCCGUUCUAGUUGUGGCUAACAGUGUAUCUGCAGUGAUUGGAGCGUAUGCCGCCGCUCUUCGCGUCACCUUCCUGUCUGCAGCUGUCUGGGCUGCCUUCAUGUGUCUGAUGCAUUUCAGACUCCGACUGCCCCGACUUGGGAGUAAGGCUUGA